GCCGUGGUUCGUGCGAGAAGUGGUUGUGGUUACGGUGAACGAAACACAAAAAAGAUAACUCCGCGUGUAUAAAUGUUGGAAGACGUAAUUUGCGGUGGAAUAUCGCAUUGAUUUUCGUUGAGAGUGUUCAAAAGUCCGUAAAUCUGGCGACUGAAAUCAGAUAUAGACUUGGAAUGCGACACAUCUUGAAAAAGUUUAUUAUACAUACGUCUUCAGAUCAUUUUUCAGAGGGAGCGAUCGACAUUUAGUUGUUCCGUUGUUUUUUUUGUAUUUUUUUACCGUUUUUUUUAUUAUUUUUCUGUGGUGGAGUGAUUCGGAGUGUGUUUGGAUUAUUUUUUUGAGUCGUUCGUAAGAGUAGAGUGUCGAAAUUCAUUCAAAAAGUGUUCUUUUUCUACAAUUUUACAACCGAACAUCGAAAUGGAUUCAAUCAACAAGAGGAACGGCAAAAAUGACGAGCCGAAAGGCGCUCAAGCACCCAAAAGGGCUCCUUUGAGACAAUUCGCCCCCUUGAUGGUGGCCAUGGUGGGGCUGCCGGGACGAGGGAAGAGCCUUAUGGCGAAGAGGUUGUCCCGGUAUCUCAACUACACUGGAGACGUGUGCAAAGUGUACGACAUCAGCGACUACCGUCGCAAACACCUCAAAACCUACGCCUCGCAUGAAAUUUUUCGCGCUGACAACCUCCCAGCAUGGCGUAUUCGCCAACAGAGUUUCCGGGAAGCCCUCGAAGACGCCGCUUCGUGGCUCCAAGAACCCAACCACCACGUCGCAAUUUUAGACGGCCCUAAUGUCUCGCGUGCCCAACGUGAAGAAAUCUACGAUUUGGUUUACCAUCAAUUGGGCUUCCGGGUCAUGUUUAUUGAGUGCGUUUGCGAAGACCCGGUUUUACUCGAACGCAAUUUUAAAGAAAUUCUCCAAUACAGUGCAGACUAUUGUGACAUGGCUACGGAAGAAGCCCUCAAAGACCUAACCCAAAAAAUGGCCCAUUACAAGGCACAAUACGAAAGUCCUUCCUUGGGGAGUCACUGGGAGUUGUCUUGUCCCAUGAUCAAAGUUUUGGAUAGCGGUGAAGGGGGCGUAGUCGCUCAUGGGGUUGUAGGGACGAAAGAGAGUAAAAUUUUGGGGUACAUCUCAACCCCUAAGCCCAUCCAACAAACUUUAUAUUUCAGUCGGCACGGCGAAAGUGAGUUUAACGUCCUUGGGAAAAUUGGAGGAGACGCCCCUUUGUCACCCCGGGGACGCAUGUAUGCCCAGUGUUUGGCAAAACACAUCCACGCUUUAAACCUCCCUUCUUUACAAGUGUGGACAUCGACAUUACAGAGGACUAAAGCCACCAGUGCUCACAUCAACGCCCCCAAACAACACCUAUCCGAAUUGGACGAAAUUUAUUCAGGCGAUUGCGAGAAUUUGACCUACGAGGAGCUCCAAGACCGCUUUCCUCGUGAAUUGGCCCGUCGAGACCACGAGAAACUCAAAUAUCGGUACCCCCAAGGCGAGUCUUAUUUGGACGUGAUGCGACGAGUAGUCCCAGUUCUUAAUCAACUGGAAUGCGAAUCGAAUGUCCUCACGAUCUCUCAUCAAGCCGUCCUGCGCUGUAUUUUGGCCUACUUUCUUGACACCCCCAUUGAGGAGAUCCCCUACAUCCACGUGCCCCUCCACACCAUCAUCAAGCUAACUUUGCAGGGCUAUAACUACAAUAUGGAGACAAUUAAGAUGCCGAUUGACUGUGUCGAUACAAACAGGGCGAAGCCCUUGAACUGUUCUGAGGGACGGACAAGGGAAGACGCUCUUAAGACACUCCCGGCACAUUACGAUUCCGUUGCCAAUCUGAAUAAUCUCACUUAUUGUACUUAGUUAUUCUUUCGGGAUAGUUUUACUUUACAUUGUUUUAAAUGUUUUAGCUUGAAUAAUUAGUAGUAGGUGUUUACUUUGGCUUUGUGUUGUAAUACUGUAGCUAAAGAACAUUUGCUGGACGACUUAUCUUCCAUAGCAAUAAUUGGAUGUAUAGUAUUUAACUGUGAUUUUAUAGUGCAUUUUUUAUUUUUUCCAAAUGUUAACCAUAGAUUUGUUUCACAAAUAAAUAAUACAAGUUA